AUGUCAAAAGCUAUUACCCCUGCCGGGACUACACCCCGAGUGAUUUUCUUCCGCCACGGAGAGACCGAGUGGUCGCUUUCCGGUCAAUAUACGUCGAUAACAGACUUGAACUUGACGCCAACAGGUGUGCGUCGCGUGGCUGCCGUCGGCCGCGCGCUCAUUGGACCUGAUCGUCUCGUCGACUUAAGGCAUGUUGAGACCGUGUUUGUUUCUCCGCGCGCGCGUGCUCGUGAAACACUUGACUUACUGCUGGCCAAUUGUGACGCUCAGCCCAAGCCUUUGCCUGAAGUCAAUGAGGUUGUUACCGAAGCAGUGCGCGAGUGGGAUUAUGGUGACUACGAGGGACUCACAACUCCACAGAUAAUUGAGCUGAGGAUUAAGCGUGGAACCCAAACCAAGGACGAUCCAAAAUGGACUAUCUGGCGCGACGGGUGUGAAGGCGGCGAGAAACCUGCCGAUGUGACUGCUCGACUAGAUGCCUUUAUUGCUCAGGUCAUUGAGGUUCAGCAAAAGGCCGUUUCCGAGGGUCGGUAUGGCGAUGUUGUUAUUGUUGCUCACGGUCACAUUCUGCGCUCGUUGACUAUGCGCUGGCUCAAGUUGCGCAUUGAAGGAUCGCAACCCAUUGCUCUUAUUCUUGAAGCUGGUGGUUCCGGAGUACUGUCGUACGAGCACCACAAUUGGGACGAACGGGCCCUCAACUUGGGCGGGGCUUUUACAGUUCCCAAAGAAGUUAAUUAG